AUGGCGGCGGUAGCGAGGGUUUUUCGCGGGUCUCUCUUCCUGAUGUCCCCGGCGGCGGGCGCGGCGGGCACGGCGGCGGGGGCCAAGAAGGCAGGCGCGGCGUCGGCGGCGGCGGCGACCAAGAAGCGGACCAAGGCGGCGUCCACGGAGCCGAGGGCGCCGACCGGGAUCAGGAAGCCGAUGCCGGUGUCUGAUGAGUUCAGCAGGUUCGCCGGCGGCGCGCCCGAGGUCGCACGCUCCGAGGCCAUGAAGCUCAUCUGGGCCCACAUCAAGGCCCACGGCCUCCAGGACCCAGCCAAGAAAACGGAGAUCAACUGUGAUGCCACACUCAAAAGAUUGUUUGGUGGGAGGGACCGGAUUGGAAUGCUGGAGAUCAUGAAGCUGCUGCGCCUCACACUUUUGAAGAACUAG